UCAGAUUUUGAGUGCCAACUUUUCAACUUUAAUUUCUUCCACUUCAUUGUAUGUAUAUGUUUUGCUAUGCCAGAGCUCAGCAUGCCCACACAUCUACGUUUCGUUUGCUUCCUUUUGUUUCUUCAGUUAGUAGCAGAAAGCAAACCCCAAUCAAUCUGCCCCAAACUAUUCUCCUGUGGAAACCUGCGAAACCUGAGUUUUCCAUUCACCAAUAAUAAUCUGUCCCGACCAGAAUGCGGGCUGUACAGCUUAGCGUGUGGCGCCACUCCAUACCCAAAAAUCGCGUUGGGCCAACACCAAUACGAAGUUCUAAUUACUGUGGAACAACUUAUGCUGCUCUUUGACCCACUUCUAGACAAAUACCUGCGGAAACGAAGUUGCAACGUUUUCCACAGAGGAAUCUCAAUUCCCAGCUCUCCUUCCAUUUCCUUCGAAUUCGGGCUCACUACGAUGUUUUACAAGUGCAAUCGAACUUCCAACGUUGGGUUUCACAAGAUUGAUGAUUAUUUCCGAGGAUACAAAAGCUAUAACAGCUGCGAAGGCUUCAGCUUGUACUAUAGCGAGGAGGACAAUCGAACUCUACCGGGUGGGGGUCUUCCUGCGGAGUGUUCGGCUGUUCGAUUGCCGUUUAACAGAACAUCCAACGCCAGUGACUUAUUUGGGAAAUUAAAUUCUUCGAUUCUUAUAGGCUGGAAGUUGUCGGAAAGUUGUGUUGAGUGUCAUUACAAAGGGGGGCGAUGUUUAACGGACGGCGAUAACGCGUUUCAUUGUGAAGAAGAUGCAGGGAAAAAUGAGCCAACCAAGGUCAUUCUCAUCCUAGUAGCUGCUUCCGCUAUUGGGGUUGCAAUUUUAGUGCUUAUGCUUCUCUGUAUUGGAAGGUAUUUCUUUAGCCAAAUAUCCAUGGAAUUUCUGAAAACUCAAGAUGAACGAAACAUAGAAGCCUUCUUGAAAAGUAAUGGUUCAUUAUAUCCGAAAAGGUAUAGUUAUUUAGAAAUCAAAAGAAUGACAAAUUCAUUCAGAAAUAAGUUGGGUGAAGGAGGCUAUAGUUUUGUGUACAAGGGAAAAUUACCUAGUGGAGCUUUUGUUGCAGUCAAGUUACUAAAGGAAGCAAAAGGUGGUGGGGAAGAGUUUAUCAAUGAGGUAGCAAGCAUUAGCAGAACUUCACAUAUUAAUAUUGUAUCAUUGUUAGGAUUCUGUUUUGAGGGCGACAAAAGAGCUUUGCUCUAUGAAUUCAUGCCUAAUGGAUCACUUGAAAAGUUCAUUUAUGAUGGAAGAGUCAAGAUAGACCGUCAAUUAGGAUGGUCAACCUUGCAUAAAAUAGCAAUUGGCAUUGCUAGGGGACUAGAGUACCUACACCGUGGCUGUAGAACACAAAUCUUACACUUUGAUAUAAAGCCACAUAAUAUUCUUCUGGAUGAAGAUUUUUGCCCAAAAAUCUCAGACUUCGGUCUUGCAAAACUGCACACAACAAAAGAGAGCUUUGUGUCAAUAACUGGUGCUCGGGGAACAAUUGGAUAUGUUGCUCCAGAAGUUGCAUGCAGACACUUUGGAGUGGUCUCUCAUAAGGCUGAUGUGUAUAGCUUUGGGAUGAUGGUACUAGAGAUGGUCGGUGGCAGAAGGAACGUUGAGAAGGAUGUAGAUCGUAGUAGCGAAAUCUAUUUUCCGCACUGGAUCUACAGUCGGAUUGAACUUGAUAAAGAGUUAGGAUUGAAAGGAAUUACAAAUGAAGAGGAUAAAGAAUAUGCCAGAAAGAUGAUCAUGGUUGGUUUCUGGUGCAUCCAUGUUGAUCCUUCAAUCAGGCCAUCAAUAAGUAAGGCAUUGGAAAUGUUGGAUAGCAGUGUGAACUCUUUGCCAUUUCCUCCAAAGCCCUACUUGUAUUCUUCUGCAUCAACUGAAGCAAAUUCAUCUACUAUACAUUAAUCUUAGCAUUUUCUUUCAAUUAGUUUUUAACUAUGUAAAGAAAAGGUGCAAAAUAUAUUUGUGUAUACUUUAUACUUUCCUUUAAUUUAUACUUUUUGAAUAUACUUAUGUGUGUUUGGUCCA